CGGAUCUUGCUUUUGACCAUUUAGCUCUGAUGUGGGGCGAUCACUGAACUUUCCCCGCAAAACUAACUGAGACUGAGAUGCUCUGAAGCUUUGUAAAUAGCCUAAAAUGCUGACCCCAUCCGUACGGUGAAAGGAUCGGGCUCAACGCAGGAAACCAAAGGCAGGAGUUGUCCGAUCUGGAGCAGUCAUGGUGGUGGAGCAGGACAGGACGCUGCUCGCCGCGAGGCAAGGGGACGUGCAGACUCUGAAAGUGCAAUUAGCGGCUAAAGCGCUCACCAGUGACGUCAAGGAUGUGCUGGGAGCUUCACCGGUCCACCACGCAGCCCGGGCCGGGAAACUAACAUGCCUGCGUUUCCUGGUGGAGGAGGCAGGACUGCCGGGCAACUCGCUGGCGAACAACGGGGCAAGCCCGGCGCAUGACGCAGCAGCCACCGGCAACCUGACCUGCUUACAGUGGCUGCUGACCCAGGGUGGAUGUCGGCCAGAGCACAGGGACUGUUCUGGUGCCACCGUUCUCCACCUUGCAUCCCGCUUCAGUCACCAUGAGAUCACUGACUGGCUGCUGAAGUGUGGUGAGGUUGACCCCGGGGCCUCCACCGACACAGGCGCCCUACCUGUUCACUAUGCUGCUGCCAAGGGAGACCUGCCCUCUCUCCGACUGUUACUGGGGCACAGCCCAAACUUUGUCAACUCCCAAACUAAGAAUGGUGCCACUCCGCUCUACCUAGCCUGCCAGGAGGGACAUUUGGAGGUCGUCCAAUACCUGGUCAAGGAUUGUGGGGCGGAUCCGAGCAUGAGAGCCAAUGAUGGGAUGACACCUCUGCAUGCGGCUGCCCAGAUGGGCCACAACACUGUCAUCGUCUGGCUGACGAGUUUCACAGAGAUCAGCCUGACAGACCGGGAUAGUGACGGGGCUACGGCCAUGCACUUUGCAGCCAGUCGCGGCCACACCAAGGUGCUCAGCUGGCUUCUGCUGCACGGCGGAGAGAUUGUCACUGACAACUGGGGAGGGACCCCACUUCACGACGCUGCAGAGAACGGGGAACUAGAGUGCUGUCAGAUCCUUGUGGUCAAUGGUGUGGACCUGGGCAUCAGGGACCAGGACGGCUUCACAGCAGCAGACCUGGCCGAAUACAACGGCCACUCCCAGUGUGCCAAGUAUCUGCGCACUGUAGAGAACAUGAGUGUGGAGCACCGUGUUUUGUCUCGGGACCCCUCGGUGGACCUCGAGUACAAGCAGCAGGACUCUGGCCUCUCGUCCCCAAACACCACCAUGCCCCCAGCCAGCCAGGCAGCACAAUUUGAUAUCAGUUCACCAUCCAGCUCCCUGUCCAACUACGACUCAGCCAACUCCAGCCAGUCCAGCACUGGGGAGAAACGGAGCAGCUUAACAACGUCACGAGGCCCACCUGCUCAGCUGAACACAGUCGCACACACAGGUGCAUCAGAGUCAGCCAUUUCAGACAUGCAGGCGUAUAUGGACAUGCUAAAUCCAGACAUUGGCUCUGACUUGCUCAAGAAGAAUGAGAUACCUGCUGAUGCCCCCUCCAAGCUCCCGCCACCACCAACCUAUCCACCCCCACCUCCCCCACAGUCUCCCCCGGAGCCCCCGCCACCCCCAAGCUACCCAGCACCACAGCCCCCUCAGGAGCCGUUGUCAGCUGAGUUCUUGAAGGUGAAAAGCAACUUAAGGCACGUGGAAAACAGCACUGGCAAUAUGGAGGUAAGACGUGGUAAGCUCCUGCUUGAGCAAAAGAUGAAUCCUGGAGAAGCCCACGACAAACUACGGCGUGUGGAUUCAAACAGGAGGUCAAGGAGCUUCAGCAAGCAGCCCAGCACUGGGGACUACUACAAGGACUUGGGCAGCGACACAGCCGAGCCCAGAGGGAGCAAAGGCAUGGCGCCCAACGAGGAGGGCUCCAUGUUAUUGGAGGAGCCUACCGACAACCCUGCCCACAGCUCUGAGAAUGGCACGACAGAGGACUCGGUCGCCCCCCCACUUCCUCCACCUCCGCCCCCUCUUCCCCCAGGCAACCCAACACCAACACCCCCUCCACCUCCUCCAUUGCCCCCAGAGACGCCAAUCUACCAGAAUCAAUCUGCCAUCCGCACCUCCACCAACCAGCGACGCCCAUCUUCCUCAUCAGGAAGCACAAAAUCUUUCAACAUGAUGUCCCCCACUGGCGACAACUCAGAGCUGCUGGCAGAGAUCAAAGCAGGGAAGAGCCUCAAGCCCACACCUCACAGUAAAGGCUACACCACUGUGUUCUCCAACAGCGGACCCACAGGCAACAAUGAAAAUACCGCAUCUCCUCCAGAGACCCGCACAUCUAGCCCACCAGCCAAGCCGCCAUCCCCUCCACCAACCACUACAUCCGUCACUUCCCCACCCACCACCCCUAGUCCCAGCCCCAGUCCAACCGGCUCCGGAUCUGCCAGGACCAUGUCGACCUCUGCAAGCUACGAGCAACUGUCCUCCAACUCUCUGAUCAAUGGGAACGGUGGUGGCGGCAUGGCAGGGGCAGAGUCGGGGCGAAAAUUGAGCCUUGCAGAUGUGGAGGCGUUAGUUCCUACUCACGACGAACAGGGAAAAGCCAUCCCUGAAUGGAAGAGGCAGGUGAUGGUGCGAAAGCUUCAGGUCAAGAUGCAAGAGGAGGAGGAGCACAAGCGCAAGGCUGAGGAGGAGGCUGCACGCCUGGCAUCUAUGCCGGCCUGGAGGAGAGACAUGUUAAAGAAGAAAAUAGACGAAGAGAGGGAACAAAAAAGAAAAUCGGAGCAGCAGGCCAAACAGGCAAAAGAGAUAGAGGAGAAGACGGAGCUUGAGCGACUACGGACCCUAGGCUACGACGAGACCAAGCUGGCCCCCUGGCAGCGGCAGAUCAUUCUGAAGAAAGGGGAUAUAGCCAAACAGUGAACUGGGCCCUCUCAUCCCUCCUCUGCCCUGCAGCCCUCCCCACCCUCACACACCCACUCCAAGGCCUUCACUGAACACCUCACCCUCCCUGAUCCUCCACCUUUCACUGGACAGCGGGGAAGAGCUUCUCUAAACCCUGUCUCACUCUUUGGCCUCCAGAAACACAGAACCAUGCUGAGGUUGCUGCUGUCCACACCGGCUUUGCGGUUCAGCUUGGGUGAAACGCAGCAGCGUGACCCACCACCUCCCAUCAAAAGUCUCAUGGACACAAACUCUUGCUAACAAUAGCUUUGACAUGCACUGAUUCUCCUCGCUUAAGACAUUUGCUAUAAAUGCACGUGUCCUUAGCUAAAUUAAGAUUAUCUGUAGUAUAUAUGUAUUUGCUUUCCUGUAAAUCAAUAGAAGCUAUUUCACAUAGAAGAUUUUCUCAAACGUAGAGGUUUGUGAUGAUCGAAAGGGGCUACUAGUGAGCAUUUUUGCCAUGGGAGAAAAGCCUGUCAUUGCAUGUGUAUUUUCCCUUUAUUAGCCACACUCACCAUUAUGUAAUGAUGUAGCUCCAUAACAGUUGUGUCAUCUAAAGAUGGCAUGGACAUACUCAGCAAAGGCUUAUUAAACCCCGAAGCAGCUUAUGGAUUCUGUAUGUAGACAAUAUCAUCUUUAUCAUGUUAGAUACUUAGUCAUGAGAUUUUUGUAUCAAGCUCAUAGAAGCACUUUCUUAAUGGCUUCAUUUUACUGCCAGAGUUGUAAUCUUAACACUGCUCAAACUAAUCUGUUUCUUUAGAUAAGCUUGUUGUCAUUUUUUUGUGGAUUUGGAACAUUGAUAUAUAUCCUAUUUAAAAUAAUGUAAAGAGUAUGUAGCUGUACAAAUUGAAUUUUAUUAAUUAUCACCGGAAAAAGCUGCAAUGUUCCAAUUAAAUUUUUCUAUAUGUGACCUAAAUGUUAUGCUGUUAUGUGAUCAUGAAUGUGAAAUGUGUUGCAUAAUGUGUUUCAAGCAUAUUUUGAUGUUUUACUGACCCCAGGACCCUGGGUUUUGAGGGCAAAACAAAACAAAAACAAAGACACAGAACAUGGCUUUUUUUAAGACAUAAAAAAAGCAGAAUGUGCACAUGCAGAGCACCGUCUUACCAGACAUCUCAUCCGCUCACUGAAUAUUGCAAAAGUAGGGAAUAUACGUCAGUUUGUCCUGUGUCCUGUUCCAGCCUUUGUCCUACUAACCUAUAUGAUAAAUCUUUGAUCAACUGAUCUGCUUACAGAAUGCAGAGUGCUGUCUGUCUGCAAGAAACAGCCGUAACAUAAAAAAUGUACUGUUCUUUAGAUAAUGCCUGCUGUGCAUUAGUAGUCUACAGCCGCUAGUGUGAAAGGUCCAGUUUUAAUACUGGACCUGAAGUCUUUUGCUCAAAUAUCUGAUUAUAAAUAAGGUGAACAGGACUUAUACAAUGUUUUGAAUAAUUCAUUAUAACAUACGGGCAUAUCGUUUUUACAUGACAGAACUGACACAAAGGGCAGGUUGAUUAUUAAUACAGAUUAUUUAAACAUUCCCUGCCAGUUCCAGGUUGUCAAGCAUUCCUAGGAUUAACACUUUUGCUGGGCGCGGGUUCAUCUAUGUGGGGCUACAUAUGGAAGUGUGGGUUUUUGGCAGAACUGAGGAGACACAUUUUAAGCAGAGCAUGAAUCUGUGCACAGACAUUUAAGAGUAACUGAACCUCUCACUCAUGCUGGACGUCUCUUGCUGAGCGUGACAUUAGUAUUCCCCACAUGAUAGAAAAUAUUCUCUUGUUUACUACAUUUAUGUUGGGUGUGUAUUUUUACAAAUGUAGGGAGCGUAGGCCUACUUAUCAUGUCAUCAUGAAAGACAUGGUCCUGGUUGGGGAAUCAUUUGAAAAUAAUCUAACUCACUGUCAUCGGAUGCCAUAUGAUGUUGAAAUUGAAAAUGAUGUAAACGUCAUUGCCAUUUGAUUUUCUAUAUAUAUAUAUUUCAACUCUGUAUAUAGUGACCCUCUCAGAAUUUUAUUGUUUCCAUAUUGCAUUAAAUUACAUGUCUCAGCCUUGCUUGAAUAGAAUGUUGGCUAAUUCAUGUAUAUUUUCAGACUGUUAACAAUGAAGACAAUAAAUCUUUAAUCAACAAACAGUG